AGCAAUCCAACUUUUAUUCGCCUUGUUCACCAGCAUCAGCAUUUCCGAGCAAAAUCAGCAUUAUUUCUUCAAACUCCAACACAGCAUACAGCAGCCAUGUCCACCGCAGCGAGCUCACAAGUCAUUCUAUCCUCCGAGUUCAUUCUCAGCAAGUACGGAGAGUCCCUCGCCGGCAAAACAAUCCUCAUCACUGGUGUCGCCGGCGACUCCAUUGCCGGUGAACUCGCCGUCCAAGUCAGCUCCGCCAACCCGUCCACCCUCAUCCUCACUGCCCGAACCGGGUCUCGCGUCGACCCCAUCGUCGCCAAGAUCAAGGCCAAGAACCCCGCCGUCAACGUCCGCUUCCUCAAGAUCGACCUCUCCGAUCUCAAGGACGUAAAAAGAGCCGCAAGGGACCUCGACGAUGUCCCCAAGAUCGACCACCUCGUCGCCGUGGCGGGCGUCAUGAUGCCCCCCUUCGCCAAGACGGUCGACGGUGUCGAGUCGCAGUUUGGCGUCAACUACCUGGCCAACUUCUUGCUGGUCAAGGAGCUGCUGCCCAAGGUCAGGGCCGCGGCGCCCAAGUCUUCCAUCGUCAUCUGUUCUAGCUCUGCCAUGCGGGGAGGAGUAGUCAACUUUGACGAUCUCAACUACAAUGACGGCAAAGAUUAUGACCCUCGCGCCGGGUAUGGGCAGUCCAACGCUGCUCGAACAAUGUUCGCCAAGCUGCUGGCCGAGAAGCUGCAAGGAGAAGACAUCCGCGUCUUCAGCAUCGACCCUGGCGCGGUUGCGUCAGGACUGCAGCGCCACUUCACACCCGAGUUCAUCGACAUGAUUAAGGCGCUGCGGGAGUCGGGAGAACCGUUGCGUGAUCUCGACGGCCGUUCGAUCGCUUUGCCUCCUUUUACUGGCGCAUCCGAGGGAGCGGCUACGCUUAUCACCGCCAUGGUUGACCCGACUAUUGAAGGCUCCAACGGUGCUUACCUGCACCACAACGCGGUUGCUGACGACGAAAUCACCUCGCAUGUCUUGAACCGCGAGCACUGGACAAAGUUGUGGGCGCUUAGUGAGAAGCUCAUCGGAGAGCCCUUCAACGUCUAA